CUUGGCCCGCAUCCGCCCGCCGCGCAUCUGCGCUCGCUUAAGAGCCUGGAGCCCGAGGACGAAGUGGAGGACGAUCCUAAGGUGACGCUGGAGGCCAAGGAGCUGUGGGACCAGUUCCAUAAACUGGGCACCGAGAUGGUCAUCACCAAGUCCGGGAGGCGGAUGUUUCCCCCCUUUAAGGUUCGGGUCAGCGGCCUGGACAAGAAAGCCAAGUACAUCCUGCUGAUGGACAUUGUGGCUGCUGAUGACUGCCGCUACAAAUUCCACAACUCUCGCUGGAUGGUGGCAGGCAAGGCUGAUCCAGAGAUGCCCAAACGCAUGUACAUCCACCCAGACAGCCCAGCCACAGGCGAACAGUGGAUGGCCAAGCCCGUGGCCUUCCACAAGCUGAAGCUAACUAACAACAUCUCAGACAAGCAUGGCUUUACCAUCCUGAACUCCAUGCACAAGUACCAGCCGCGCUUCCACAUCGUGCGCGCCAACGACAUCCUGAAGUUGCCCUACAGCACCUUCCGCACCUAUGUGUUUCCAGAGACAGACUUCAUCGCCGUCACUGCCUACCAGAACGACAAGAUCACGCAGCUGAAGAUCGACAACAACCCGUUCGCGAAGGGCUUCAGGGACACGGGGAACGGCCGGCGGGAGAAAAGGAAGCAGCUGACACUGCCAUCUCUGCGUUUGUACGAGGAGCACUGCAAGCCGGAGCGCGACGGCGCCGAGUCUGACGCCUCGUCCUGCGACCCUCCCCCCACGCGGGAGCCACCACCCUCACCCGGCGCCGCGCCCAGCCCUCUGCGCCUGCACCGGGCCCGAGCCGACGAGAAGUUGUGCGCUGCAGACAGCGACCCUGAGCCUGAACGGCCGGGGGAUGAGCGGGCCGGGACCGCGCUGGGCCGCCGCAGCCCCGGCCUGGACGGCGCCAGCCCCGCUCGUUUGAACGAACCGGAGCGCACUCGCGAGAGGCGCAGCCGCAGCCCCGAUCGGGGCAAGGAGCCGCCUGAAAGUGGCGGGGAUGGGCCCUUUGGCCUUCGGGGCCUGGAAAAAGAGCGUGCCGAGACCCGGCGGAAGGACGAGGGGCGCAAGGAGCCCAGCGAGGGCAAGGAGCCAGGCCUGGCGCCGCUGGUGGUGCAGACUGACAGUAUGUCCCCCUUGAGCGCCGGACACCUGCCUGGCCUGGCUUUUUCGGGCCACCUGCACGGGCAGCAGUUCUUUGGGCCUCUCGGAGCCGGCCAACCACUCUUCCUGCACCCGGGACAGUUUGCCAUGGGCCCUGGUGCCUUCUCCGCCAUGGGGAUGGGUCACCUGCUGGCCUCGGUAGCGGGCGGCGCUAGCAGUGGAGCCAGUGGGCCUGGGGCCGCUGGCCUGGACACAGGUGGGCUGGGCCCCGCAGCUGGCGCAGCAGGCACCGCGUCCCCCUUUCCGUUCCACCUCUCCCAGCACAUGCUGGCAUCUCAGGGAAUCCCGAUGCCCACUUUCGGAGGCCUCUUCCCCUACCCCUACACCUACAUGGCUGCAGCUGCCGCCGCGGCCUCCGCCUUGCCGGCCACCAGUGCGGCGGCCCCCCCCGCUGCCGCCGCAGCCGGCUCCCUGUCCCGGAGCCCCUUCCUGGGCAGUGCCCGGCCCCGCCUGCGCUUCAGCCCUUAUCAGAUCCCGGUCACCAUUCCACCUAGCAGUAGCCUCCUCACCACCGGACUGGCCGCUGAGGGCUCCAAGGCCGCGGGUGGCAACAGCCGGGAGCCCAGCCCGCUGCCCGAGCUGGCUCUCCGCAAAGUGGGGGCGCCGCCCCGCGGUGCUCUGUCGCCCAGCGGCUCAGCCAAGGAGGCGGCCAGUGAACUGCAGAGCAUCCAGAGACUGGUGAGUGGGCUGGAGAGCCAGCGAGCCCUCUCCCCCGGCCGGGAAUCGCCCAAAUGAGGACCCGGCCAGCCGCGCCACCGCCAACACGCAGGCCUCCCCGCCGCCGGCCCUGCUGCUUGGGACACGUACGGCAUAGAAUGGGUAUUUAUUUAAAUAAAGGAGCAGAGGUGGGAUGCAGGAGCUGAGACAGCUGAGCCUGGGACAGCUUCCUGGGCUUCUACGUGGAACACGGCUGCCCGGACCAUUGCGCUCGAUCCGGAUCUAUUCUGGUGUAGUUGAUAUCGGUCAGGGCCCUCUCUGCCCCCCACCUCCACCCCCAUCCCCACCCCCGACCUGGCCCAGAGGUUCCUUCAGGAGCAGCAAGGGGAAGGGGCCAGGGCUGAGCACCCCAGACACAGCCCCACAGCUCCUGGCCUCUGGCCUGCACCGCGUUGGGGGCUGGGGUCACAGAAGACUGACAUCAGUGUAAGUCUUGGGCUGGGGGCUCUAAGGAGACGCCCUAACCUUGGGGGCCCCCACCCCCAUCUCCUCCCCUAAGAGAUAGCCACCCCUCCCAUCCUUGGGUCUGUGGAGGGAGCAGCACCCCUGCCUUGAGUCCCCAGGGGAGGGGGGAAAGAUAUUUAUGAAAUAAAUGGUAAUUUGUGUAAAUAAGCUUUAAGGUUCCCAGAAUAUGCAAAUUGGUAUUAACUUAUUCAAAGGUGUACAUUGUUAUGUACAUACUAUUUAGAGAUGAACUCCUAGCAUUUAAAUCUUUUUUCAUCUGACAUGAGCAUCUAUCUUGUACAGGGGCUGGGGCCGCAGGCGCAGGCCCUGCGCCCCUCGGAGCCCUCGCCCCGCCGGCCCCUCGGCCCCUCCGCCCGGGCUGUCCUCGCCAGAGCCCGCGGACUCCACCUCAGGGUUUCACUUUCCGCUGCGGAGCGAGAACGAACGACAAAACCGCGAGAAAACAAUAAAACGCUGCAAUGCGAA